AUGGCAAAUCGUCGAACCUUCGGUUCUGGAAAUUAUGGAGGAGUUAGUAGCAGCGGAGGAGGGGGUGGGGGUGGAGGGGGCGGUGGCGGAGGCGGUGGUUAUAGUCAAGGGAAUAGGGGUAAUUAUAGUUUAGGGGGAGGUUUAGCCGGUGUUAGUCCUUGGCAAAGUGGAAGUUCACCUGGGAGAAGCGGAUUGCAAAGUGGAAAUAAUUCAGUUCCAUCAUUAUUGACUACUAAUAAUCUAUUAAAUCAGUUAACUAAUGAUUCUUCUAUUGCAAUCGCAACAAAACUUUUAACAUCGAUACUUCCAGUACAACCACCUGUUCAGCAGCCGCCAUCUUUAAUGAGCCUUAAUAAUUCUUAUGGUAGUUCAGUGAGAUAUGGAGGUGGAUCUUAUGGCAGUGAACGUUUCAGAAGAAAUGAAAAGAGAUCGGAUAAUUUCAGGAAUCGUCGUCAGGCUAACGAUCGGAACAAAGAUCGUAGUAAAGGUGGUGACAACAAACCGCGGACUGAUAAGAACAAAAUGAAAGCCAAUAAAGAUGAAAAGGAUAAGAUCAAGAAAGAAGAUGAGGAUGAGAAUGAAGAUGAGAGUGCCUGGAUUGCAUCGAAAGGCAUCGUCCAUGUGCCUGGAUGGAAAGCAGACGAGGGAGAUGGAAAGGGUGAAAAUCAAGAUGAAUCUCAAAAAGAAGGAAACGAUGGAGAUGGAGAAUUCAUUGCCGAAUAUGAUAACAUACCCUCGAAAUUGUUUCACUGUCACGUUUGUGGUAAAAGCAUGUGGAACGACGUGUCUUUCGACACUCACAUCAAAGGAAGAAAUCACAGAAACAAAUUACGGGAUUUGGAAGAAAGUUAUCAAUUGCAAACCGAUCUCAUGAGGCAAAUAGCUGCCAUGUCAUUGAAAUUGGAAGAAUUAAGGCGCGGCGGAAAACGGAGGCCUUAUCCGGAUCAAUAUUGUAAAAUGUGCGAUUUGCAUUUCAACGGAAUGACAAUGUUUGCUCAUCGUUCCACGACGGAACAUCAAAAUCUAAAACGUUUCAUUCAUCCAUCUUGCGAAAUGUGCAAAAUCGAUUUUCAAGUCCGGAUCGAAUACGACGAACACGUAUUGACCCCUCAACACCUUCAAAACGAAGCCAAAGCUUUAAUGAGAAAGGAAAAAUUCGAGAAGGAUCCGUUUUAUAUCAAACUCCGAGAAAAGGAAAUGAAAGUUGCACAAUUAACCGACGAAACGGGAGACAUUAAAGAAAAAGGAUUCGUCGUAUUGACGGCAGAAGAUAAAGCUCUUAUGCAAAAUUUGAUGAGCGAAAACGAAUCUCUUCCGGAUUACGAUCCGGAUGCGGAAACUCUUGUUGCCGAACAUUUCGUCGUCCCGACAUCCGGAUACUAUUGCAAAGCAUGCAAACUUUUCCUAUUGUCGAGCGAUUACGUCGACGUUCAUUGCAGAACCGUGUCUCACUACAAUAAAUACAUAGAAACGUUAAAACAGGAAGCUUCAAAGGUGCAAAAAACGGUCGAAGCAGAAGGAGAAUCUGAAAAUGAAAAAAGAAAAUCGGAUUCGAACGAAGACAACGGCGGAAAUUGGAAACGCAGAAAAGUUGAAAGUAAAAAUAACGAAGUUAACGGUGGGAAAAAAUACGAUCCCGAAGAAACUCUCGACGAUGCGGUCGAAGAUUUCACGUCCGACGCAAGUGUAAGUUAUUCAUAA